GGUUUGAAAUUUUAAUCGCGUUUUUCUCAGUUCCAACAUGGGGCGACAAUGCGUGGAACAACAAUAAGCGUUCAGAGUGUCGUGCUUUGCAAACUCAAAGAAAACCGAGUUACAAUCGCAAUCUCAACGCAGAAUCUCAAACAAAAAUAUUUGUUUUCACAAGUCACAAUCAACUUCAUAUUGCUAUACAUAUUAUUAAAAUGCCUUAAGGUGGGUAUUUAACCAAUAUUCCUGAUACUGCAAUGUCAGGGAAUUCCCUCCCAGGCCGUUCAGUAUAUUACAGUAUAGACAGGCUUAUCAAUUAAAACUGCAUUCAAACAAAUCGAUCCACGAUUUAAAAAGCCACCACUCUGAAUGCAGUUCCAGUAGUUGUUACGACGCUCCUGAACAAUGCGCUACACCACUAGUUAUCGCAGCUGCAGUGCAUUACUGCUGACGAUCCUAUUCGCCGGCUGGGUUCAAGUCCAUGGUCAUCACAGAGCUUCUCAUGACAAAUGUGAAGAGUAUCGCAGUUGGGCGUCAUCGAACCUAGCAAACUGCAACCGUCCAAAGCCGCUCAUUCUCCUGGAUCCCAUCCGGGUAGGAGACUACCCGCACCAAGCCUUUUUCGGCUGGAAAGAGCAGGACAAUCCUCAAACUUUCGAGUUCCUCAGCAGUGGCAGCCUGAUUAGCGAACGCUACCUUCUGACCGCAGCCCACAGCACACGGUACCAACAGAAGCCACCGGAUGUGGUCCGUUUCGGAGUGGUCGAUUUAGGCGCGGAGGAUCAAUCCCAUACCGAUUAUGAGGUGGAAGAAGUCAUUGUUCAUCCGAAUUACACCGCACGUUUAGCUUACAACGAUAUCGCUCUGGUUAAACUGCGGGACCCGGUGAGCUUCUCGGAGGACAUCCGCCCGGCUUGUCUGUGGGACUCACUGGAGAUGAAUUUCACUUCUGUUGUGACCACGGCUUUCGGUUCAAGAGGUUAUGAUGGACUGCCCGGUCAGUUGGAAAAACACAAUAUGGACGUAAUAGGUAAUUCCCAAUGCCAAAAAGCAUUGGUCAACAUUCGGAAACUCCGCGACGGAGUAAUGGAUCACCAGCUGUGCCUUGCCCAUACUGAUCGCCGACAUCAUGCUAGCAUAGGAAAUUCCGGCUCUCCGGCACAGAUCAAGCUCGAUCCAAAGGAUUGCUUUGCUUACAUCGUGGGAAUCAGUUCGCACGGAUUCGGUGCAGCAGGAAUUCCGGAUAUUUAUACCCGGGUUGCCAGCUUCGUUGAAUGGAUUGAGGAAAUUGUGUGGCACUGAGGAAAUGAUUUGCUUGAUGUAUGAACUUGUUGAAAACAUGCGAGGGCAAUUCAACUAGAAGAAUAAAACAAUUUAAUAUAAAAUGUACAACAUGAUUAAUUCUCCUAGUUGAACAAUUAUUAAUUUCAAAUUACUUCAAAUUUUUAAUUACUUUUUUUGUAAAUGUAUGAUGCGUACUUCUUAGCUUAGUAAUCUUCGAACACUUCCUCAGUUAUUAGCUGAGAGUAUCCUCUUCCAACGACCAGUUUGUAUGUGCAUAUCGUGUGUCAAGUACGUAGAUAUUCUAUGCC